AGCAUUGAACUUGCAAUUUUUAGACAAUACAACAAAAUGCAGUAUAUAUUUUUUUAUAAUUUCUGUUUUUGCGUAUUUGAAUGAAGUUAAUAAAUUAGUAAAUGAUGAUAGUAAUUAUCAAGGACUUGUUGAAGGGUGUCGGAGCACUUGUGGAGUAAUAUUAGCAAAUGUUUUGGAAAGUGGAACAAGUUUCAAUGUUGAUGAUUACAUAUCUUCCACCGUUUAUUUAAAGAUAUCUUCCUGGAUAUCAAAAACAGAACUUAUCCAGCCGGUCAUAGAAAUGUCAAUGAAAGAAAAUGCUAAUAUAAUUCCUAAGCUUAAUAAAGUUGUGAAGAAAAUUCACAAAAAUUAUCAAAGUUUACCUGACGACAGCAUUCCAAGUAAAUUACAUGAAUUACUUAUUGUUCCUACUAUUUGUCUCACUCUUUCAACCAAGAUGAAAAAGUUGCAUAAAGAACAACGUGCUUUGGUUACAAAAUUGAGAAACAAAUGUGUCGAUAUUGUCCACAAUAUAAUUACAAAAUAUUCUAGCAAUGCACCUCUUGAAAUUCUAUUACCAAGUUAUAAUCAAUUAUUACAAUUAUGGAUUAAUAAUAUCGAAGCUAGAGAUAACAUUAAAGAUAUUGUAACAAUUUUACCUAUUUAUUUAAAAUACUCUAUGGACACUAUACAAAUAAAAAGUAAGGGUGAUGCACACUCCUUUAUUAUGCUUGUUACAAGAAAUCAAAAACAUUUUAUGGACAAUUUGCCUGAAAAUUUUGUUUUGGACUUAUGGGACGUAUAUUACAAAAUUAAUUGUAAUAUUCAGAAUAUUUCUUCUACAGAAACUGUUCUUGCUUUGUUAGAAAGUUGUGAUGAUAAACAAUUUGAAGAAAUUAUUUUAAAAUUGAAUGACAAUACUAUUAAAUCUAUGGAGUGCGAAAAAGACUUUCCAAACAGUAUAAAUCUGUGGGUAAAUAUUACAGAAGCAAUGUUAAGUGGAAACAAGACUAAAUUACGGCUUGAAAUAUUAACAAAAUUAUGUCAAGAUCUUUUGGCAUUGAUUACAAAAGGCCAUUACACAAAUGGAACGAAUACUCUAGUUAUAAUGAAAUUCUUCUUAGCAAUUACUAAAAAUCCUUUGUGCUGUUUUCCUAACACCUUUUGA